GUCACUUCAGAGCUCUUAUACCUGUAUAAUUAUGGAUAUCGUUCGUAGUGACCGGGGUGUACUCUAUGUACACAACAAUUUUAUUUAUAAAAGUAACAAAUUACAAAACAAUAUUCGAUAUUUAAAAUGUAAUAUGAAUACAUGUUUAAGCCGGGCAUGCUUUAAUGAACAAACUGCUCAAGUGACCAACACACCCCACAACCACGAUCCUGAUGAAGUGGCUGUAGAACUUCUGCACUUGAAAAAUGAACUCAAGGCCCAGGCAGUUACUGACCAAAGGGCGCCGAGAGUCAUAUUUGACGAUGUUUGUGUAAGGUUUCCCAGAGCAGCUUUAAGGAUCGGGUAUCCCUGGGUACGCUCAACAAUAUACAGAUAUCGUCAACGGGGAAACCCGCCAAUACCUCGAUCCUUGGAAGAAUUUUCCACCAUACUCCUUGGAGACCAGUGGAGACAUCUUUCUAUGACCAUCGAGGGUGGCGACGAACCACUGUUCCGAGGUGUCGUUGGCGGAGAGGCUGAAGGGUGGACAGCAGCCAUUUAUGUUUCACCGCGACUACGGACUGCGCUGGUCAACACGCAACGGCUCCACAUUGAUGGAACAUUUAAAGUAUUGCCCGAACAGCUGCAUGCUUAUCAGCUGGUGACAAUCCAUGGCGAGUUCUUGAAUCAUGCAAUCUAUCGCAUGCACAGGCAGCUUCGCCUCCAACACUUAGUUGACACCAACGUAGAGGCUGCUAAGACUCUUCAGAUGUUGAUGUCAUUAGCUUUGCUGCCUGCUGAAAGAAUAGCACUUGGCCUCAGGGUCAUAACUCACUACGCAGUGCUACACGGUCUGGCAGCCAGAUUCAGAAUACUGCUUCGGUAAGUUUAUCAGGAUGUUUGGUAUUAAAAGCUAGGCCUUGGUGUUUCUCGUGUGCUCAAAAUCAGUUUAUUGUUAGAUUUCCUAUAUAAUUACUCUGCUUCCA